AGGAAGAGAUGAGAACAACCCUGAGGCCUGAGAGGAUGUGGGAUAACUGAAUCAACCUGUUGUCAGAGAGCAUACAGUUUUGGUAUUUUUUUGUUGUUGGUGGAUGGGUGCGCACACGCUCUACCGGUCAGUUAAAAUGGCCAAUGGUACAAAGGUAAGCAGUGAACUGCCAGAGGUUAAAACGUUUUAAGUUACCAUAUUAUGCAGCCCUAGCGACGCCCAUUCUCUCACCCUCCUUUGCCCUUUUCCUCCUUGGCCUUUCUGACCGUUUCCCAGCACUCGUUGAAUGAGCAAAGAGCCCUGACCUGCGUUGCCCCUGGCUCGUCAUUCAUAAUGAAUGAUGUUGGGUCUGUUUGCGAGAUAAUAAUGGUAGCGAUGGGAGACUGGUGUCCUGGGGAGACUAUCACACACUGUCAUUCAAGCCAAUAGGAGCUCUUUGAUGUGGGGAGCCAAGCGGUUUCAUUGGGUGAGAUUGACAGUUUUGCGUCCUUUAUAUGCCCCUUUUGGUUUAUUUGCAGUAGUAUUUCUUAUUUUUUUUAACCAUAAUUCAAUUAGGCAAGUCAGUUAAACAAAUUCUUAUUUACAAUGACUGCCUUGGAAGGAACAGUGGGUUAACUGCCUUGUUCAGGGGCAGAAUGACAGUUUUUUUUACCUUGUCAGCUCAGCGAUUCGAUCUAGCAACCUUUCGGUUACUGGCCCAACACAUUUUCAGUCUUGCGAAAUACGAACAUUUGACUUUGGUGUGCAAAGCGCUGCUCAACUGGGUUUGAAAUGGGCCAGGGACGUUAAUGUGGUUCGUUAUUGUCCAGCUCUCUGCAGCAAUCGAAGCAACUAAAUACUCGUGUUGCGUGUCUCUAGCACUUAGAGCAUAUUGCUGCUCUGCAGGGCUAUAACAGCCUCUUUUUUUUUUCUUUCUUUAUACUGCCCAUAUGAACAGUGGAGGAGUGAGGGCUUCUUGGCUCUAGCAAGAGGUUGCUGCAGUCUCGUUGAGUACUGCUGACGCUGCUGCUCUACCCUCAUUAGACCGGUGAUGUUUUAACUGUGUUUCUUCCUUGACGAGGCAACAGUCUGCUUAUUGCAUACAGUGCCUCCUGGCCCAUGGCCCAGGGAGAUGAAGCCACACGGAGGGAGAUAAUCAACCUUUUUUUGUAUCGUCUAAUGUAUAUUUAAUGGGGUUCUUUCGAGGCCGGAGGAUGAGCAAAUGGUGGUAAUUUUUUUUUCGGCAUCCUAUGCAGUAACCGUAUCAUUGCAAGCAAGCGAGAGAGCCUUUUAAAAGUUUGUCUGAGUCGUAGGGAAAUCCAACGAUGGGAAUCCAUCCAGCCUACAUUUUUGGCAGACUCAAGGGAAUGGGGAUAAUUACGUCUGUGUCUCAACUGUUCUGAUCAGUUUCGGUUCCGCUCCACUAACAAAUACACUUGGCACUCCAACACCCCUUGUUCCUCUUCUGAAUCCAAGCAGUUCGGAAAAGUGGAAAUCUCAUCAGAUGCUUUCCAAUCUAAGCAGUUUUCGCAUGAACAUUUACAGGCCAAACUGUCUGCUUGCAGUUUUCGUCUAUCUAGAUGGGCGUAUUUCAAGUUCGCAAGAACACAAAGCCAGCGCUGUAGGCGUAGGGGAAAACCACUCGCUGUUUGAGUGUCUGUUUUUAUUGGGUCUGCAGAUAUGGUUUUCUGCCUUCUUGCUUAUGCCUAGUCAAAUGCACGGAGAUAAUUUUGCUGUAAGCGUAAUAUUUUGUUUCCUUGAUGGUCUUUAGAGCGUUAAUGGUAGGCUAUCCUUUGUUACAGAAAGUCAAAUCAGUAGGGAUGUUGGCAGCAGUCUCUCCCUCCGACUGCAUCAAGGGGUCAUUUUAAGCUUGGUCACAAGAUAGCUAGCCCGGUUGGUUACCUGUCUGUUUCUGGAUUUCACAACGCUACAUUGUUGCAUUUGAAAAACCAUACCAAUUUGACGAUCAGAAACAGGAUUGUCAACAAGGCUACAGAAGUGCUUGCAUCCCAUAGCAUCUCCAUUUUUGACAUUGCUGUGCAGUCUGUGGGAGAUUCUUCACUGUCACUAAGUGUUGUUGCCAUAGUUGAACUCUGGUGUCCAAAAACACCUCACUAGAGUUUCUCCGUUAUUUAAUCCACACCCCUUCCCCUGUAACAUGCCCCUAAUCUUCAUCGGGCACUUUUUUGCCCCCUUGACAAUAGCUUGGAUACAUGCUGAGAAGAUGAAGGCAGUAAUUGAGAGGUGGAGACGGUUUGUGGCUGUGAAAGUGGGUACGGUUGUAUAGGCCUACCUAUACAUCUUUGUGGUAAUGCAGAUACGCAUUAUCAUUAGGGUUGUGACGAUACCAGUAUCACAAUUAAUUUUUGUUUUCCAUGGGCAAAAAUGAAAACACAAAGCAGACCUAACUCUGGUCCAUAAAAAAAAAAAAAAAAAAAACUGUUGUAAAAUAUUGUGUGCUAUAGCUUGGAAACGAAAUGUGACUCAGGACGACAACAUAAUAUUUGUUUCCAACAUUAGGGCUGUUUUUCCUAAAGAAGUAAAAUCUGCUUUGUUUUGUUUCCUUGCCAUGAUAUUAACAAGUAUCGCGACGCCGGUAUCAUCCCGGCCCUAAUUACCCUAUCCCUUAGGGAGUUAAAUUCUGGCAUUGUAGUGCGCGCAGUAGGUUUGUGUGAGUGUUUGAGUGGAUAUUUAUGUCAUAAUCAACAGUGGGCUAAGAUGCCUAAUUUAGCUUCAGUCACUGUUUUGCAUCUGUUUUCGCUUGCGUGACGUGGAUGCGUCUGGGGACUUGCUCAAUUUAACUGUCACUUCACUGGCUGCCUGGUCUCAGUGUUUGACAGGAUGUGCUGCUCUAUUUUCUAGGCUGUGUCUUAAAGCCAGGAUGAUGCCAUCCUGUGUGUUUGCCAACAUCUAUAGCUUUUGCUCCCCAUUUCCCUCUUAUUAUGAAUGGAGAUACGUGGCACAGGGCUGCGCUUACCAUGCCAGAAAUAAAAACAACCCGUCCUAUGUCAUAACAGAUCCAUAACCAUGCAGUGUUUAAAAAAAUAUAUAUAAUUCCGCUUGAAUGACAUUUACGGUUAACGACAUGAUACCUGUCAUACCAUGUCGUGUCGGAUUGUUGCGAUUACCAUGAAACCAAUGUCGCAACCUUUUUUACUUAUGCAAAAACGUCCCCAUGACAAACUUUUUAAGCUCGUCACGAUUUUUCGGAUCCCAGUGGCCUUAUGACGACCCCUGUGGUAUCAAAUCGAGUUGUCAACAUCUGGAGUAGCUUUUAGUGUGCCAGCAUUACACUGAGGACAAGAGUUUGUUCACCACCAAUCUCAAGGCUAGGUGUCCCGCUAGCGACUUCCGGUGGAACUGGAGGGCAUGCAAUUCAAAUAAAUAAUCAUAAAAGUUAUGGAUAUUAAGCAUUUAGGAACAUACAAGUGUCUUAUAUCGGUUAAAAGCUUACAUUCUUGUUAAUAUAACUGCACUGUCUGUUUUUACAAUAGGCUUUGGAAGAAACCAGCCUGAAACCUUGAACAAAGACUGUUGACAUCUAGUGGAAGCCAUAGGAAUUGCAAUCUGGGAGCUGGAUUUGGAUAUGCCCCAAAACUUUCUAUUGUAAGAGCAUGGGCUCUCACAAAAACUAAAAAACAUUCUGAGCUCUGACACCUGCUCGUAGGACAUUGAAACUUUGGCAAAGAGCUGCAUCGCGCCACUGACCGCCCAGAGACGCAUAAAAGCAGAGAACUACAGAGAAGUAGCUUCCAGCUCUCACCCCUUUUGCACGGCCACUGAAGAAGAGCCACAGAGUGUGCCAAUACUACACAACGGACAACAAAGGGAAAACAGGUGGAGCCGGAGCUCGGCAGCCCCGGCAGAAGCUCUUCACCAUGGACGUGGAUGAAGAGGAGAACAUGAGUUCGAGCAGCACUGACGUAAAGGAAAACCGUAACCUGGACAACGUCUCCUCCAAAGAGGGGGAGGCUGUAGCUGAGCAGCUCCCCAACGGCAGUGGCGGGGGCAGCAGGAAGCGCCCCUUAGAGGAGGGAAACAAUGGCCACACGCACUCCAAGUUCCGGGCCAAGAAGCGUAAGAAAACGCCAGGCCCGGUUCUACCCAAGAAUGCCCUUAUGCAGCUGAAUGAAAUUAAGCCGGGGCUGCUGUAUAAGCUGCUAUCUCAAACGGGUCCAGUCCACGCUCCCGUGUUUGUCAUGACCGUUGAGGUCAAUGGGCAGCUGUUCGAGGGCUCAGGUCCCACCAAGAAGAAGGCCAAGCUGAAUGCAGCAGAGAAGGCACUGCGCUCCUUUGUCCAGUUCCCCAACGCCUCCGAAGCGCACCUGGCUAUGGGCCGGACACUGACAGUCAACACAGACUUCACAUCCGACCAGGCCGACUUCCCAGACAUGCUCUUCAACGGGUUUGAGACGCCCGCACCGCCCGAGGACUCCUUUUACCUGGGCUCCAAUGGCAGCGGCUGCUUAAACUCGCUGGGAGAGUACUCCAUGCCUUCCACCCCAGGUGCUAACUUAGCCCAGGCCCUGUUGCCCCCUCCCUCAUCCUUCACAUCGCCCUCGAGCGGCAAGAACCCUGUCAUGAUCCUCAAUGAGCUGAGGCCGGGCCUCAAGUAUGACUUUUUGUCCGAGAGCGGCGAGAGCCAUGCAAAGAACUUUGUCAUGCAGGUGUCGGUGGACUCACAGCAGUUCGAGGGCUCUGGACGAAACAAGAAGCUGGCCAAGGCCCGGGCCGCCCAGGCAGCCCUCUCAGCACUCUUCAACAUGCAGCUGGACCAGACGCCCUCCCGACAGCCCAUCCCCAGAGAGGGACUGCAGCUCCACCUACCCCAGGUCCUCGCCGACGCGGUCUCUCGCCUGGUUGUGGACAAGUUCAGCGAGCUGACGGACAACUUCACCUCCCCCCACGCGCGGCGGAAAGUCCUGGCAGGGGUCGUCAUGACAACAGGCACGGACGUGAAAGAGGCCCAGGUGAUCUGUGUCUCCACGGGCACCAAGUGCAUCAACGGCGAGUACAUGAGUGACCGCGGCUUGGCGCUCAACGACUGCCAUGCAGAGAUUAUCGCCCGCCGCUCGCUCAUCCGGUACCUCUACGCCCAGCUGGAGCACUUCCUAAGCAGCAACAAGGAGGAGCAGCAGAAGUCCAUAUUCACGCGCUGUGACAAGCGUGGCUACCGGCUAAGGGACAACGUUCUGUUCCACCUCUACAUCAGCACCUCGCCCUGCGGAGACGCACGCAUCUUCUCACCGCACGAGGCCGGCAUGGAAGACCAAGGAGACCGACACCCUAACCGGAAGGCGCGGGGCCAGCUGAGGACUAAAAUAGAGUCUGGGGAGGGGACCAUUCCCGUGAGGACCAGCAACACCAUCCAGACAUGGGACGGGGUGCUGCAGGGAGAAAGGCUGCUCACCAUGUCCUGCAGUGACAAGAUCGCAAGAUGGAACGUGGUGGGCAUCCAGGGCUCUCUGAUGAGCUACUUCACGGAGCCCAUCUACUUCUCCAGCAUCAUCCUGGGCAGCCUGUACCACGCCGACCACCUCUCCCGGGCUAUGUACCAGCGCAUAGCCGACAUCGAGGACCUGCCCCAACAAUUCAGCCUCAACAGGCCUCUACUGAGCGGCAUCAGCAACGCGGAGGCGAGGCAGCCGGGCAAGGCACCCAAUUUCAGCGUGAACUGGGCGGUGGGCGACCUGGCGCUGGAGGUCAUCAAUGCUACCACGGGCAAAGACGACAUGGGACGCGCCUCGCGCCUCUGCAAGCACGCCCUCUACAGCCGCUGGGUUCGCCUGCAUUCCAAGCUGUCAUCCACACUGAGGAUCAAGGUGUCCAAGCCCAGCUCAUACCACGACGCCAAGCAGGCGGCGGUGGAGUACCACAACGCCAAGCAGACUCUCAUCAAGGUCUUCCACAAGUCGGGCCUGGGGGCCUGGGUGAAGAAGCCCAUCGAGCAGGACCAGUUCUCCCUCAACUCCUGAUUAGGGGGUUAGGGGAACCUCAUAACCCAACCCACUGCACCCCAAUCCCCUCUCUAGGCCUGAGAAAGAGGCUCUUCAAAAUUACCAGCCACUGAGACUUUGUGUCUGUGUGUGUGUGUCUGCGUGCGUGCGUGUGUACCUCGUGCAUGCGUGUGUAUGUCUAUCUUGAGUGUUUGUGAGAAAUAACGCAUGUGGUUCUGGCCACCUCCCUCCGUCCCAAUCACUCUGCUCUCGUUCCUCAUGGCUGUGAUGUCAUCACUCUGUAAAACAUUCUUUUUUAUUUUUAUCGAUGGUACUCAAUGUUCAAUCUGCCCAUCUAAUCACGAAGUCUUGCCAUUUUUAACUGGAAUCAUUUUUAGUCAUUGUUGUUUUAUUUGCAAGACUUUACAUGAAGUUGUCCAUACACCAUGUAGUUACUAUAUACUUAUUUCUGUAACCAGAAUGUAGAAUGUACAACGAUUCUAUUUCUACUAUUCAGUUAAAUGUAAUUACACUAGUAUAAACCCAAAUGCCAUGUGACUUUUUAACCUAUUGUAGAAUUUUACCUUUUUAAUGUCUUAUUUCAUUACAAUAUAGCCCCUUUAUUAUAAGCACGUAUGAUAUUAUGCUAAAUGCAAAUCCAAAAUGUUGGUUACAGUUAUUCAAUCAUUAUUCAUUUGAAAUCUCUUCUUUUGGUCCCGUUACAUCUUAUUUAUUUAUUUGUUGGCAUUUUUGGUCAUUCAAUUACAUUCCCAUUCCGUACUUGAACAUUGGGCCCUGGUGGAGGCUGUCGACGAUUCCCCUCGAGUCCUUUGACCUGGGGGGGGGGGGGGGUAGAGGAGAGUUGUGGAUGUGCUGCACGUUUUUUCUUGUUGAAGUAAGCCAUGGCUUUGCAUGGGAAUGGUGUCAGAGUUCGGCGAGGUGAUUCGGUAGAGAACCAACAGGGAUCUGCUCGAGUGAUUUUUUAUUUAUUUUUUCUUCCCUGCACAUGGAGCUUUGAAUCAUGUUUCUCUCUUUAAUGUGUUUGUUUUGUUUCCUGGAGGAGGCUUGUUUUUUUUUAGUAUUGCAACUUACUAACUUACAAUUUUUUUUGUGUUUGAGAGAUGGAUUAUACUGCAAUUGAAUAAUGACAGGAAUUCAGUAUUUCUAUCAAUGACACUGCAUAGGGGCUACGUUACACCUCCUUCAUAAGCAUGAUCCUCAUGGACAUUAUGCAUCCAUGCCCUGGGCAUUUAUAAAUGCUUAUGUCAACAACCUCGGAUCGAUAGGUCAUGGUCAUGCCACACAAUACAAGUCUGGUGACAUAACACAUCUUAUGUCAAUCUGGGGUUGUUUAUGAAGGUGUAAAGUAGGCCAUAUGUCAUGUAAUUCAUAGAGAGCUGGGAAAUGCAUGUCUCCAAGAGCUUAUGUCGUCAUUUAAACAACUCUUGUAAGCAACACGAUUGUUGAUUGCUCAUUGUGUGAGUAAACUUCCAAGGGAACACAAAGAAACGCAUGAGAGAUUUUACAAAGUUGAGUUUGGUACCACCAGCCCACUCAAUGACCAAUCCGUGUUUUCUCAAUCCAAGUCCUAUUGGUCCGAUUCCCUGGGUGUUCUGUAAGCCCUCUUCCCCACCCUUUCCCAUGUGUUCAUAUUUUCUAAUUCAACUAUUUCUACAACAUGAUAAACUCUGGAUGCCAGUAAUGACAACUUUCUAAUGUAUUAUCUGUGUGCUCUCCCUUAUAGGCUGGUCAUAUACCUCUAAUAUCAGCAUUGUACAUGGCCAGUGACAAACCACAAUGUAAACGGACACACUGCAAAGGAAUUAUUAUUAUGAAGUAUUCUUUAAGUUGGUGUAUUUUUAUAUUUGAUAUGUUUGGUUCAAAACAGCAGGGGAAGGUGCUUGGAGUCCCAGCAGUGUGUGUGUUGUAUGUACACUACAUGACCAAAAGUAUGUGGACAACUGCUCGGCAAACAUCUCAUUUCAAAAUCAUGGGCAUUAAUAUGGAGUUGUUCCCCCCUUUGCUGCUAUAACAGCCUCCACUCUUUUGGGAAGGCUUUCAACUAGAUGUUGAAUGUCUUCCAUUCAGCCACAAGAGCAUUAGUGAGGUUGGGCACUGAUGUUGGGCGAUUAGGCCUGGCUCGCAGUCGGCAUUCCAAUUCAGCCCAAAAGUGUUUGAUGGGGUUGAGGUCAAGGAUCUGUGCAGGCCGGUCAAGUUCUUCCAUACCGAUCUCAACAAACCAUUUCUGUAUGGACCUCGCUUUGUGCAUGGGGGUAUUGUGAUGCUGAAACAGGAAAGGUCCUUCCCCAAACUGUUGCCACAAAGUUGGAAACACAGACUCGUCUAUAUUGUCAUUGUAUGCUGUAGCGUUAAGAUUUCCCUUCACUGGAAGUCUGGAACUAAGGGACCUAGCUUGAACCAUGAAAAACAGCCCCAGACCAUUAUUCCUCCUCCAUCAAACUUUACAGUUGGCACUAUGCAUUGGGGCAGGUAGCGUACUCCUGGCAUCCACCAAACCCAGAUUUGUUCAUUGGACUGGCAGAUGGUGAAGCGUGAUUCAUAACUCCAUAGAACGAGUUUCCACUGCUCCAGUCCAAUGGCCGCGAGCGUUACUCCACUCCAUCUGACGCUUGGUGUUGCGCUUGGUGUUGCGCAUGGUGAUGUUAGGCUUGUAUGCGGCUGCUCGGCCAUGGAAACCCCCCAACAAAGUUAUUGUGUUGACGUUGCUUCUAGAGGCAGUUUGGAACGUGGUAGUGAGUGUUGUAACCGAGGGCAGUCCCGUUCUGUGAGCUUGUGUUCGCAGUUGUUGUUGCUCAGAUAUUCCCACUUCACAAUGACAGCACUUACAGUUGCCCGGGAAAGCUCUAGCAGGGAAGAAAUUUGACGUACUGACACGUUUGAAAGGUGGCAUGCUAUGACGAUGCCACGUUGAAAGUCACUGAGCUCUUGAGUAAGGCCAUUCUACUGUCAAUGUUUUUGUCUAUUGAGAAUGCAUGGCUGUGUGUUCGAUUUUAUACACCUGUAAGGAACUGGUUUGGAUGAAAUAGCCAGAAUCCACUAAUUUGAAGUGAUGUCCACAUACUUUUGUGUGUAUAUAGUGGAUGUCUAGAGUAAGGUGAUUGUGUGACACUGCUCGAUAAAUGUCAUUAAUGAGAUUGCUGUGGAAUCUGCACCAAAGAUGAUGUCCUUGUGUGUUUUUCUCACAAAUGUCUUUGAGCAACAACAAAGGAAAAGGGGGAAACAUUUUUUAAAACGUGUUUCUCACACACCAAUUGCUGGGUAUAAUAUUGCAAUGUUUUUGUACUUUCAUUUUAUCAAUGUAUUUUUUUUAUUUGUAUAAAAUGAUGGGUUGUAUUCUGUUGUAUUCCAGCUUUGUUGUGGAAUCUUUCUUGUCGGGCUCUUUCGGUAUUUCUGUAGCUGUCGAUUAUCAAGGUGUUAUUAUUGUGAACCUCUUCUAUUGCUAUGGAAAUGAUGCGUAUAGCAAUAUACUGGUUAAAAAUGUGAUGCCUGUGCAACUCUUCUUCCUUCACUGUCUAGUUCUUGUUCUCCCUCCAUGAAACUGCGGGGAUGUAUUUGAUUUGUUUUUAGUCUUUCAUUUCAACUCUUAAAGGUUUUUCUUUUUUUUUAUCUCAAAAUCAAAUAAUUUCUGGGUAACAAUUUAAGUACCUUUUUGUGGUUAUUUUUCAACCACCAGCUAGUUUUCAAAAAAUCAACAAAAAUAGAGUAUUAGCAAAGAGAGGUUUUUUUUAAGCAAGAAUCUUGCUAGGACUGUCUGGGUGUGAUCUGAGUGGUGCGGGGAAAACUUGCUGUUAUUGGCAGAGAGGUUUGGAACUCUUAUUGGUCUAUUAACUAACUUGCCGCCCGUUGACAUCACCAGGCAGGCCAAAACUCCAUCGCACCAAAACAGGCAGAAAUUGUAGGCAGUCUUUUUAAUUAAUUGAAUUAAUUAAACCUAAUACUUAAAGGGCAUUAUCAGCAUUUUCACAAUUUCACAGUAUUAUUCCAACCUCGGUGUGGAAAUAUAUAUAUAUAAAACACAGAAAAUGUUGUUUUUGACUAUACUGGGCCUUUAAAAAAAAAAGCUAGUUCCUGUUCCUUCACUGCAACGGCCAGAGAUGUGCUACUAAUUGUUGAGCAAAUGUCCUGUGUCGCUGUGUCCUUGUGAUACACGUAUGUUUUGAAUCGUCUCUGAAAGGCCUCCUUACCUCAUACCUCUGCAGUCACAUUGUGACCCCCCCCCCCCCCCGAAAAGAUCCAGGUCAUGAGCAAUAUGUCCCCCAACGCCCCCUUUAAUGAGGCCCCAGGAGGAACGGGACCAGAAAGAAAGCUUCCCCUCCCCCUCUGUUUCCCCCUUCGUCGUGCUCUCUUUUAAAACUGACUGUUUGAAACUUCUUUUUUAAAGCCUGCCUGCUUCUCCAUAGUAUGGUUCUUAUUUUUUGGACUGCACUAAAGAUGUCAAUUGAUGAUGUCAUGACACAAACCGUCCCCCAAAAUGGACAGGUCGGAACUAUUUGCAAGAAACUGAACUGCUUCCCUAUGACCGAGUGCUCCCAGCGGUCUAUAAUCCCCGUUCGGUCGGCCGUCCUGACCGCCUUGUGAUUAUUUGGUGACUGUUCAGUGGUCCCGGGGUGGUCAGAGGACUCCUCUACUCUCCUCUCACCCCACAUCCGCUGUGCAAUCUCCACCUGGACCACCAUCUUGCAUGUGCUCACACACUGAAGCUGCACCUAAAGCAUGAAGACAUACUUUUAAAGUACUCUUAUGUAGAAAAAAAACUGAUAAAUAGAUAUAUAAAAUGAAGAAAAAUAAUAAUAAAGGAGACCUUAGUUUACUUUU